UUUUGCAAGGGGGGAAAUAAAAGGAUAACCCCCCCAAAAGGGACCCUCAUGGCGUGUUUUAAUAAUUUGAGAAAACCGUGAGGGUCCCGUUUGGAAAAGCAGCCUUGCUGAGGUUGUGGGAGUCAAUAAACAUCAAGAGGGAAGAAGAAGGAUGGGGAUCCAUGGUGCUCUCUGAGCCCCGCAGGAGGCUGUCCGCAAUCCGUGCGAUCUGAGCCAUGCACACAUGCCGGAGGCGCUCAUCGUGCGUCUGUUUUCCUCGCAGGGCCCCCGAGGGGUUCGCCCAGCAGAUGCCCCCCUAUGCCCACCGCUGAAGGCUGAGCCUGGUUGCCCACCUGUGCCUUGCCCGCUGCCGAGAUGAAGGUGCUGGCGGCCAAGGUGCUGUGCCUGGUGGGGGUCUUCGUCCUGAUGCUGGGCGGUUCCCUCCUGCCGGUGAAGAUCCUCGAAGCCGACUUCGAGAAAGCCCACCGCUCCCGUCGGCUCCUCUCCCUCUGCAACGCCUUCGGCGGAGGGGUCUUCCUGGCCACCUGCUUUAACGCCCUGCUUCCCGCCGUGCGUGAGAAGUUCCAAGAGGUCUCGAAGCUGGGCCACGUGACCACAGACUACCCGGUGGCCGAGACGCUCAUGGUGGUGGGCUUCUUCCUGACGGUCUUCGUCGAGCAGCUGGUCCUGACCUUCCGGAAGGAGAAGCCCUCCUUCAUCGACCUCGAGACCUUCAACGCCGGCUCGGAUGCUGGCAGCGACUCAGAGUAUGAGAGCCCCUUCAUCGAGCACUCCUGGGGGCGCGGCCCCCGCCCCCACUUCCACGGGGAGCACGGACACCACACCCACGACGUGAACAUCCAGGACCUCUCUCGCUCGGGCCCGCUCCGCCUCGCCAGCCUGGUCCUCGCCUUGUCUGCCCACUCUGUCUUCGAGGGCCUGGCGCUGGGCCUGCAGGAAGAAGGAGACCGGGUCAUGAGCCUCUUCCUGGGGGUGGCCAUCCAUGAGACCCUGGUGGCCGUGGCCCUGGGGAUCAACAUGGCGAAGACGGGGCUGUCCUUGAGGGAGGCGGCCAAGCUGGCCGUGGCCGUCAGCCUGAUGAUCCCCCUGGGCAUUGGCGUGGGCCUGGGCAUUGAGAGCGCCCGGAAUAUGGCCAGCGCCGUGGCCUCGGUGCUCCUGCAGGGCCUGGCUGGGGGCACCUUCCUCUUUGUCACUUUCUUCGAGAUCCUGGCCAAGGAACUGGAGGAGAAGAGCGACCGUCUUCUGAAGGUCCUCUUCUUGGUCUUGGGCUACACCGCCUUGGCAGGGCUGGUCUUUUUCAAAUGGUGAAGAAGGGACAGGACGGAACCGUUCACAUGCGAUCCGCAGAGGAAAACCGCCCCUCACCACAGGAAGGCCUGCAGUGGGGCAGGAUCCGCAGAUCACCUGCCACGUGUGAGGAGGCAUGUGGUGGCCAGUUGUGGUGUCCUCGUUUGCACUGAGGAGAAGAUGGCCCAUCUUCGAACACCCUCAGGCAGACAUAAGGAGUCAGCCGCUCCUUUUAGCCCAGCAUCCCUGGAUCACAUACACACCACACCUUGCAAGGGGAAGCCCUGCCAAGGCAGAUGAAGGGGCCGGUUGACCUCGGAGCUUGAUGUGAUCUUCCCGUGAGCCUCCUUUGAGAACCAUCUUUUAGGUUCUGUACAGUACCAGGAUUGCUCUCGUCUCUCUCCCCCUCCCCUGGAAAGCCUCCUGUUUGCCGACAACCCAUCUGCCGUGGCUGUUCACCUUUUCGGAGGGCUCUCUGGCUUUCCCUGCUUUCUGUCUGCAUUACCUAUAUAUUGAGAGAGAAAGAGAGAGAAGUUGUGUGGCUUUAGAAAGCUAGGUGUUGCAUGCUUGCCCUCCAGAGUCCCAUCUUUUGCAUUUAUGGGACUUUUUCAAAGGUUUCAUUUGCUAAUAUUUAGCUGGUGUGACAAAAAUACGGUAGGACUCCCUUAUCCACGGGGUCAGUAUCCACUGAUUCACUUAUCCAAGUUCUAAAAAUAUUAAAAAUAUUAAAA